CUCCCCUUUAAGCGGGUUGCUUAGUGUCCUCCGUCAGGAGGCGGCGACGCGGUCUUUGGUGCUGGGUGUGUGGCUCGCCUCGCUCGCUCCUACCGGGUGUGUGCGCGCGCGGCGCGGAUGUCGGGCUGGGAGCGGGAGAUGGGCUUCGGGCCCGGGGGCUCGGGGCGGGGCGGUGCGGGGGACGGGCGGAUCUACGUGGGGAACCUGCCGGCGGACGUGCGGGAGAAGGACCUGGAGGAGCUUUUCUACAAGUACGGCCGCAUCCGAGACAUCGAGCUCAAGAGCAAGCGCGGCCUGGUGCCCUUCGCCUUCGUGCGCUUCGAGGACCCGCGAGAUGCAGAAGAUGCAGUUUAUGGGAGAAAUGGUUAUGAUUAUGGUCAAUGCCGACUGCGUGUUGAGUUUCCCAGAUCCUCCCGAGGUCGGGGUGGAGGUUUUGGUGGGGGGCUACGUGGUAGGAAUGGCCCUCCGUCACGACGUUCUGAAUUUCGAGUCCUUGUUUCAGGGCUUCCUCCAUCAGGCAGCUGGCAGGACCUGAAGGAUCAUAUGCGUGAAGCUGGUGAUGUUUGUUAUGCAGAUGUACAGAAAGAUGGAAUGGGUGUAGUUGAGUUUCUCCGCAAGGAAGAUAUGGAAUACGCACUGCGUAAACUGGAUGACACCAAAUUCCGCUCUCAUGAGGGUGAAACUUCCUAUAUCAGAGUCUGUCCCGAAAGAAGUACCAGCUAUGGCUACUCGCGGUCCCGUUCUGGUUCAAGGGGUCGCGAUUCUCCAUACCAAAGCAGGGGAUCACCACGCUACUCAUCCCCCUUCAGGCCAUACUGAUUUCAUCCAACAGGGACUUUUUAAAAAUGUGAAUUGAGCCUCUUUUUUGCUCGGAAUUUACAUUCCAAAACUGAUGGAUAUAGUCUUUCGUAGGAGCUCUUUGUUUUUCCUUUUUAUUCAAUAAAAAUCUUUUUUUUAA